CUGCGUUAUCUCACAGGUGAAGUGCAGUACAAAUUACCAGUAUAUUUCACAUCACACCAACGCAUCAUUGCAACGAACGUGAAGCCGCAACCAGAGUAUCGUAUUUGGGGGCUUACCGCCUGUAUUCUGCACAUUGCACUGCUCAAUUUGUUCCCGAAAUUUUACAAAUCGGAGAUCGAAAUCGCAAUACCAAAUUGA